UUCUCCCUCCUCCUUUCUUCUUUCAAACCACCACCCUUCUCUCUCUCUUAACUCUUAGUCUUCUUCUUCUUCUUCUUCUCUCUCUAUAUUUGCUUUGCUUGCUUGCUUACAGUGGAAGCCUAGGGGUUUUAAGUUCGUUUAGUUAGAAGAAUUCUUCAUCUCCUUCCUCGGCUGUGGUUUACUGGCUCUCGUUCAUCUAUUUUGGCGGGAGGACUCGAACGGUUUUUCUCUCAAAUUUUGCUUCACUUUCUGGGGAAAAUUUCAGUCCAGAGUUCAAAUUCUGCUCAAGGAAAAUUUCUCAUCCUAUCGGAAAAUGAUCGGACCGAACUUCAUGGACGAGAUAGACUGCGGGAGCUUCUUCGACCACAUCGACGACCUCCUCGUAGACUUCUCCGGCGAUGACGUGGACACCGGUCUCGGCCCCAAGCCCGAGGCGAACCCGUUCACCAGCAUUUGGUCGACGACUCAGUCCGAGUCGCUCCCCUCCUCCGACUCGGUCUUUUCCGGCAAAAGCGCCUCCGACCUCUCCGCCGAGCUCUCUGUUCCGUAUGAAGACAUUGUUCAAUUGGAGUGGCUCUCAAACUUUGUGGAGGAUUCCUUCUCUGGAGGAAGCCUCGCUAUCAACAAAGAACAAGACUCCUCCUCUCUCAACAAGGAGUCAUCCCACCAUCAGUUCCAGACUUCCAGCCCGGUUUCUGUCCUCGAAAGUAGCAGCUCCUGCUCCGGCGGAGAGAAAAACGCCCCAUGUAGCCCGGAAACUGUAAAUCCCGGGCGGCGUGGACGUGCUCGCAGCAAGCGUCCUCGCCCCGCAACCUUCAAUCCCCGCCCGGCAAUUCAGCUGAUCUCCCCAUCAUCCUCGGUGAUCGAGGCGCCUCAGCCAUUUGUUGCUGCCCCCAAGAGCUCGUCGGAUUCGGAGAAUUUUGCCGAGUCCCGUCCCGUGAUCAAGAUUCCUAAGCAAGAUCCCGUUGAGCAGAAGAAGAAAAAGAAGAUCAAACUGUCAUUUCCGCUCGCCCCGGUGGAGACAAACCAGAAUCAAUCGUCGCAAGCUGUUAGGAAAUGUAUGCAUUGCGAGAUCACCAAGACACCCCAGUGGAGGGCGGGUCCAAUGGGGCCUAAAACCCUUUGCAACGCUUGCGGCGUCCGCUAUAAGUCAGGCAGACUCUUCCCAGAAUACCGGCCUGCAGCCAGCCCGACAUUCGUUCCGUCCCUGCACUCCAAUUCCCACAAGAAGGUUCUCGAGAUGAGAACCAAGGGUGGCGAGAUGGUCGCCGUUGCCGGGACCACCACGACUAUGACCGCCAUGCCGGAGCUCAUUCCGAACACUAAUAGCAGCAUUUCGCUGGAUUACAUUGAUAUGAGGGAGAAUUAGUGAAGAAUGGGGACAUACGUUCUUCACUGCCUCCCUAGUUAGUUACUCUGUUAUGUUAUAUCUUCCUACUUUUUUAUUUCAUUUCUUUGUUCAUUGGUUUUUUGUACAGGGAUGGAAUGUGGGGCACAAAUAGGAGCAAAUAGAUGACCAUAUAUUUUUAGCUAGUAGAGAGAGGGAGAGGAGGGUUGUAAUGAGAGAACUGAAGAAAUAGUUGAGAGAUGCAAGUCUAAGGGUAGAGUUUUAGAGUUUAGUUUGAUGGCUAGUAAGGUCCUCUUGAGAUUAUAUUUUUAGGUAUUGGGGUCUGUGUUGUCUUUUUUUCUCUGCAUUCUUUUCUCCCUUUUCUUUUUCUUCUUUCCUUUGCAAUGGAAUUCUUUUUGCAGUUCAUUUGUAGUAGAAACAAAAUUCUGAGAUGAGUAAUGGAAUUUGAAAUUUGUUAUGCCUUGUUCCUUUUAAAAUAACGUCCUUUUCUUUUUA